AUGUCCCGAAGGAAGACAAUCCAGCGGACAUUGGUUCUCGUUGAACCACAUUCACUGAGUUACAAGCAAAGACAAAAUGGUGGAGCGAGUUGGAGGAAGCAGCCAGGCCGUUUACGACUGGAACAACUAGCGAACGAUCCAACGCAUAGAUACACCUCAAAAAUCAGUAAUAAAAGCGCAGAACCCGAUUGUCAUCCCGCAAUCUCGUCCGAAACAACACCAUCAUCCACGCCGCUUCUGAACACAUUCCGCUUCAGCACAUGGACUUCCCUACUCCAAAUAGUUUUCCUGAUCUUACGUUUCUUAACCAUUAUAUCCCCAAGGCAGCUUCACUCUUCGGCCGCCACCAUGCUGUACUACGCGCAAGAGCCGAUACUGUUUCGAUUUGCCCAAUCCCAAAAUCCUCCCAGUCCCGAAUUGAUACGCCAACUCCAUUUGUUCAAAUGUCCACAUCUUUGGAGAUCCCAAGGACGCAUCAAUAAUAGCAGUCUGCAUCAAGACACUAUCACUCCUAUAUUCCUUUCCAGUACAAAUCGCAUUACGGGUCUUUUCAUACUCCAUACCCACUCAGAAAGCGGCCACUGCGGUCUUAAUCACACGCUAACUCAGCUUCGGCAGCGCGUUUGGAUCCCACAAGGAAGAACAACUGCCAAGAGAGUUCCGAGGAACGUUGUUUCUACUGCAAACACCUUUUUCCCUUCCUCCAUUCCCACCUCAUCCUUUCCUUCAAGUUACGCCACCACAAUACCCUUUCCAAAGUGUCGGCAUGGACUUUUCGGACCAACGCUUUACCGCAACUUUGACGCUACAUCCUCAAGGUAUUGGGUUCUCCUUCUAACGUGUCUCAAUACACGUGCCAUAUAUGUCGACACGAUCCUUGAUAUGACCAGCCUCAAGGUUCUCCAUGUCCUACGACGCUUCAUAGCCACUAUUGGUUGUCCCGAUUUUAUACUGUGCGACAAUGCCCCCAUUGCAAAAUGUUAUUUGUCACUCCCCAAUCCCGAUGUCGACAAUGAUAUACUAGACUACUGCACAAAAAGACAACUACAGAUCAAGUUCAUUCCCAGUCUAAGCCCUUGGCAAGGAGGUGUUUGCGAAGAAAUCGAUAUUUUCAAGAAAUCGUUCACGCACACCGUUCGAAAUCGACUGCUCAGCAUCGAAGUCGAAACAGAAGCGAAAGUUAACACCCGACCUAUAACGUACAUCACCGAUGAUAUUGAUCAUAUUCCGUUACGACCGAUCGACUUCCUACGACCGUAUGCCCAACUCGCUGGACCCAGUCUCCAAGACGACUCUGACGAAUGGAUUCACAUCCCAAGCACACGCGAGUCGCUACUUUCUGGAAACGAUUGCCCACAGAAUACCUCAUUUCGUUACGGGAGCAAUACAAAGAUGAACACUCCAAGCCGAGAUCACAUGAAGUGCAGCCGCCAAAACAAGGAGAUAUUGUACUUGUCGAUGACCCUCUCCUCAAUCGUGACCAGUGGAAGAUGGGAGAAGUCAUCGGAUCUGAAGACCACUUUUAACGAUCAAUCGAAAUACGACUUCCAUCGAAAACAAUCAUUACGCGCCACAAUAAUAUGGUCUGCAAACUAG